GAUUAGUAGAUGGUUUCUUUGUUUUAGGAAAUAGUUUGUAGUUGAUAGAUGAUUUGGUAGGUAGUGUAGUUGGUAGAUGUUUGUAGUUAUCCACCAAUAGACAUAGUUUGUGAUUUUUUUUGAAUUAUAGAUGGAUGUAUGCAUGUGCUAGUAAAUUAGCUAUAUGUUGAAUAUAUAGAUGGCAUAAUAUUUGUUUGAAUCUGAGAAGGCUACUUUGGCAAGCAAAUAUAUUUAGAAAAAAUAUUAUAUGUGUGAAGUGGUAUGACAAUAUAGUUGAAUAUAUAGAUGGCAUAAUUUUAUUUGCAAAAGAGAUGAUGAAAUUUGAUGAUUGUGUGUGACAUGAUUUGUUCAAUAGAAUGGCGGAUGAUGAUUAUGAAAUUUAUUUGAUGGUGAAAUUUGGUACUCUAGAUGAUAUGUGUGCAUAUGUAGAAGAAAGAAAUGAUGUGGUUAUGUGUGAGAAGAAUGGUGUGUUCAUAUGGCAUAACUUGAAGAAGGAAAUAGUAUUGUUUGAUAUUGUUCAUGUAUUCAUAGAUGUUUGUGAUUUUUUUAAGAUGGCGGAUGAUGAUGGACCUUGGUAUGACGGAUUAAUCGAUGAGUGGGAUAAGGAGCAUCGUGCUCGUGCCAUUGAGAAGGGACAGCUUGUAGUUGCUAUGCGCAUGAGGGGUCAUUCCGCUGAUGACUUUACUUACGACCCGCGGUACGAGCCUUACAUUCGGAGAUUGGGUCUUCUCCCAUUCGUGUUGCAGUUUAAGCGACGCGCUCCGCCGGUGAACCACGCGGCGCUGACCACACUUGUGGAUCGUUGGAGGCCGGAGACUCACUCGUUCCACCUUCCAUGUGGGGAGAUGACGAUGACCCUAGAGAACAUGGCUAUGAUAAGCGGCCUUCCUAUCGACAAGACCGGACGACAAUGCUGAAAUGCCUCCACACAUUGUCCAUAACUCCAGAAGGCACGGUGGAACACUCCCUCGUGAUCCUCGACCACAUGAAACAUGCCCGGGUUCUUAUGUGCAAUCGCGCCCAACAACCUUGGGAGCUGGUUGUAUGCUUCUUCAUAACCACCAUACAACAUCCUAAUAGCAUUUGCCUUUGCCUUCCAUGCUUUCCCAUACUUGACUUCAUAACCAAAUUGUUUUUUCACCGUCCGCAUGAGAAACCUCACUUUCACAGUGGGAUCAAAGCCUAUGUCUUUCAUCCAUUUGUAUCCGAGAUACUCAGAUGUGAGUUGAUGGUGUGUCGUUCGAAGUCGUUUAGAUGGCGGUUUGCACCUAUGAGUGGCAACACAACUUCUUAACACCCAUUCUUCGGUUUCUUUAAGAUUUCUUGCACGAACCUUCCAUGGGCAUCCUUCUUGCUCACACUUCACGGUGUAACGCAACUUCA